AUGAUCUACCCUCCUGGCUUCGUGUACGCUCGAGAUCACGAAGGACGAGAUACUGGGGGCGGUCGCUGCCAUUAUCACGCCGAGGGCGACAAUGGCGCUGAUACCAUCGUAGAUUGGGACGAGGAAUUAGGGGUGGUCAAAUUUGACGGAUCCGCUCGAGUUAAGCGCGGCGGAGGAGCGUUCAGCGCGAUCGGUCUGCCAGGAUGGGAGGUGGGCAAAGCUAGAUCGAGCUAUCUCGAGAGCCUCACCGUGAACGAAGCAGAAUAUAACGGCCUAACCCUGGGACUCGACAUGCUAGAGGGCCUAGAUCACAAACGCCUAGUGGUCUGCGGUGAUUCUAACUUAGGGAUUCGAGAAAAGCGGAAGGCCCUCGAUCGCCUAAGGAAAUGGAGUGAUCAUGAACUAGUGCAUGUGAAGAGAGACUGGAAUGGGAGCGCCGACAGCCUGGCAAGUGCCGCUUUGCAACGAAAAGGCGGGAUCGAGGUCCAGAGAGGGCCCGGGUACCAGGAUCUUGUCGCUUUGAACCGGUUAGACGAAAUCUUGAUUCCCAGGACCGAGAACCCAGUGGUGCGGGUUGCCGCGGUUACCACUCGAGCUGCCCGAGUAAGAUCUUCUGCGGGUGUCAUGCAAGAGGAUCUGAUCCGUGAGAUGCGGGUCGAUCGGAUCAAGCAGGCCCAUGAGGAGGAGGUCUGGAUCGCAGGCAUGAAGAAGUAUUUGAGUGGCUCGACCGCAGAUCUCACACAUGCGGAAGCGAUAUCGUACCGCAAGAUCGCGGCCGAUUACGAGGUAGACGAGCAGGACCUACUCUUUUACUGUCCUACCACGCCGAGAUCGGGGGAUGAUCGCGACCUAUUGCUGAGACUGGUAGUCCCCGAAACGCUGCAAUCGAUCUUACAUCAUUAUCACACUACGUUGGAAGGAGGACAUCAGGGAGUGGGGCAUACCUACCAGCGGAUCAGGGAUCACUUCCACUGGAGGGGAUUAUAUCGGAGUCUUCAGCGAUAUGUGGGGGAAUGCGUGGAUUGCGAAACAGGAAAGGGAAAACCGGUGAUCCGAGGUGAAUCACCGGGGAACUUGCAGGGGGCGUACCCGUUCCAGAUCAUCGCGAUGGAUCAUAUACCUUCACUACCCAGACCCCACAAGGGAAACACUGAGACAGCUCAGACCGUGGCAGAAUCCUAUGAGGAAUGUGUGUUUCGCCGAUUUGGUGCCAGUGAGAUGAUCCGGCAUGAUCGAGAACCCGGCUUUAUGUCCGAUUUUUUCCGGGCGUUUAAUAAGAUUCUGGGACAACGGCAGCGGGCGACGAUGGCAUAUCGUCCACAGGCUAACGGGACCGCCGAGAGAAUGGUGCAGGCCGCGACCAGGGCGCUCAUGAUGUACGUUCGCGAUCUCGAUCAGAAGGAUUGGGACGAAUAUGCUGAGCGCCUCACCUUCGCGAUAAACACGGCUCAUUAUCGGAUCCGAGGAGAUACCCCCCACUAUUUGGUGCAUGGGUGGGAUCCGAGAUCGACGCUGGAGGCUACACUGUCAGUCGGAUGCACUAGACAGCGCGAUCGAGACGCACGGCGGUGGCGUUAUCGGGUCCAGCGAUAUUAUCAGCAGUCCCGAGAGCAAGUCAACGCUAUACUGAAGGAGGCCAUUGCAGAUCGGGCCGGCCGACACAAGGAAGACGUCGGACCGCACAAGAUCGAGGCUGGAUCUAACGUCUGGUUAUACCUAGACCGGGUGAAGGAAGGAUACGCGCGGAAAUUGGCUCACCUGUCGCACGGGCCAUUCUGGGUGGCUGAAAAGAUCAACGAAUUCAGCAUCCGGCUCGAGAUCGCAGGUACUGGGUACCAGAUCUUCCCAAUAGUUCACGUGUCGAAGCUGAAAUUGGUCAAGGACUUUCCAGAUCGGCAGCGAAUGGAACUCACGGUGGACGAAUCGGAUCGCCUCGACUUCGAAGAGAUCCUGCUUCCGGAGGAUAGCUGGGUUAGAUCUCGGAGCCGACGAGUACGACGUCGAACGUAUCUCGGAUGUGCGGAGUGGGAAGAAAACGUGAUUCGGUCGGAUCUACCAAAAAUUCCUGGUGCAUUGGGAUAUGACGAGCUGACCUGGGUCGACGAAGCCAAUCUCAAAUGUGGGGCAAUAUUGAUCGCCUUCCUCCGAGAACGAGCUAAUCGAAAUCGCUUCAAUGUGAUGCAAUUACAUGAGGAGAUAUAA